AUGGAUGCCUUGAUUAUCUUUGAGGCGUGCCGUCAAGGAGUCUUGAACAGAACUACGCGUCGCAUGGUAGAAGAAGAGAAAAAAGUUCUUUGUGCUGGGUCCAUAUACGUGUACGAUGAAAGGGAAUCAGGAAUCAAAAGAUGGACCGAUGGAAAAUAUUGGUCUCCUAGCAGAAUCGUUGGCGAUUUUCUUGUUUAUCAAGAGCUCGAAAUAAGAAUUCCUCAUAUAAAAAGUUACGACAAACUUGAUGAUAACCUCAAACAACGAAUCAAAGAUGAAAAUUUAAAAUUUCAUAUUUCAAACAAGGGUACUUUUAUUCACCGUAAGGAUGGUUUGAGUAAAAAAACCAUCACAGUAAAAUUGAACGAGGCUUUCCAACAUAUGGUUAUUUAUGAAGAAAAAGAGGGCAAUAAUAAUCAUCUUUACCCGCCUCGUGCUUAUGUCGAACUGUUAAACAUUGAACCAGGGGUAGACUUGACUCAAAAUGAAGCGUUACGCAAGCAAAAUUACGUCAGGCUUAACGAAGAAUCCCCUGCUUCAAGGUUAAGAAAAGGAAAGGUUGUGGAACGUCAGAGACCCUCUUCAAAUAUCAACAUUCCACCUAAAAGACCCGUCGCUCCGUUCCAACCUUUGCCGAGUAUCGCGGAAGCUUUGUAUUCUCCCGUGUCGACAAUGCAAAGAACUAAUGAUUUUGAAUUACCUGAAUUGAAUAUAACAAGAAUAAUUAACCUAUUGUCAGGUUCGCAAGAAAAUGAUUCGAUGGUUAAAUUGGGAAAGUCAGAGGAUUCAUCAUGGUCGGUUCAAUCAACGAAUUGCAUUGACAAUGGCAUCAAUAUUUGGCAGAACGGCGAGUAUCCAUUUCCAUCCCGCGCCUUUCCAUCCCAUACCUACAGAACCAUGAGAGAUACCGUUAUUACUGAUACGGUCAAACCCCUCGCCGAUCCAGAUUCGGAUUUCAUGGAUUUGGUGGAUUACUCUCGUUUAUAG